GCGCUGGACGCACCAUGUCUCGGGAGGAUGUCACGAUGUUUGUACUAAGAAAGAUCGUGGUUGACGCAUUUAUGUUUGGUGCUUUGGCAUUCAGCAUCUAUUUCACGCGGUACCUAUGGCAGCCGUUCGAGCGCGGCUUCUUCUGCGGCGACGAGAGUCUCAUGUUCCCCUACAAGAACGACACCGUCUCUACCCCGGUGUUAAGAGCUGUCGGACUUGGAUUGCCUAUUAUCAUUUUCUUGAUAUGCGAAUGGGUGUUACUCCGUAAAGAGUACGAGGACCAGCGUUGUUUGGGAAUGCGCGUUCCGAGCUGGCUGCGCGGCUUCUACUGCACCCUGGUCUCCUUCGGUCUGGGCACCUGCUUCGUGGAGCUCACCACCAACAUCGCUAAGAACGUCAUAGGAAGACCACGACCACAUUUCUUUGACUUAUGUAAGCCAUCAGUGGACUGCAGCAUGGAAGCGUGGCGCGGUAGAUACAUCCAGGCGGGAGAAUACACGUGUACCGGAAUUAUGACGGACAAGUUCGAGGACAUGCACCUGUCCUUCCUCAGCGGACAUUCCUCCUGGUCCGCGUUCACUAUGAUCUAUUUAGCUCUCUACUUAGAGAAGCGUAUGGUAUGGCAUGGAACCAGAGUCCUGCGUCACUCGCUGCAGUUCGCCGUUGUCAUGCUGAGUUGGUUCACCGCACUGUCUCGUGUCUCCGACUACAAACAUCACUGGAGUGAUGUUCUGGCUGGAUAUUCUCUAGGCCUCGCACUUGCUAUUCUAGUGUGGACGUGGGGCACCGAUAUCGUUCCUCAGAAGAAAAAACAUUCCCCGUUGCCUCAACAUGACUUUUCCAUGUCUCUACAUCCACAUGCAGCCGCGCCCGCGUAGUCGGAAGAAAAUUAUCCAUACACAAUUUAAGAUUUAUUAAUACUCAUUCCUUUACUAAAGGAAAUUGUAAAUAUUACAUUUAAUUGUUAGUUUAGUUUUUUUUGUAAGAAUUCUCUAUAAGUAAUAUUAAUAAAAUUACUUUCUAACUUAGAUAUAGAAAUUAAGAUAACACAGUUAUGAACAGUCUCAUUAAUUGUAAACGCCUGAUGAUAACAUUGUAGCAAUGUUCUCACGAAAUAAAAAAUACGAUGUUUAACAAGUCCUCUGUGAUAAGUAUGUGUGACAAGAAUAUGACCAUAUUUGCAAUAAAUGCGUAAAAACAAA